AUGGACUCGUAUCAUGGUUCAUCUAAAAGGGUUUCAAUUCAGUCUUUUCAUGAAGGCUUUGUGGAGUUAGAAGAGCUUGUCAGUAGCGACAAUGAAUUAGUUUGGAAAGAACGCGCGCGGUGGAUCAAACUCGAAGAGGACGUUGAAGAAUGUGCGAAUCGUUGGGGGAAACCUCACAUUCCUUGCCUUACAUUUCGUAGCUUAAGGGAAGUUGAAACAAACCUCCAAAAUGGAAUAAUCCAUCUGGAUCUUCAGAGCAGUAGCUUGCCCUCCAUUUGUGAUGCUAUUAUCAACGAGAUCAAAUUAUUGAAGAAGUUACCGGACGAGGAAUGUGACGCAGUGAAAGCUCUCCUGUUAACAAGACAUCAACAUCAGUACCAACAAAGAAAGCCUCGCACCAACGCCUUUGCCCGCCGCCUUUCGAGGAUUAUCCCUCAAGGGCAACGCCCAAGACCACCGUCGAGUGGGCAUAAAGGUCACUUGUCAAGCGUUAUGGAAAAGGCUUCUAGCUCUGAAAGUAAAUAUGAAUCCGAGUCGGAUUCAAUGUAAGUAGAGGUUUUUCUCUUGGUAGUUUAUUUAUCUUGAGACAAUCUAAUGCGCUAAAUUGUUUACCCGUAAUAAACACACUCAUAUACACCAAAACAAAACGUAUCUGCCGCAUGAACCUGUUAACAUUGGUUUUCACGAGCGACGGACUCGGAGUCGCGGAGUCUUUUGCGGAGACGGUUUCGGAGUCGGUCAGAAGAAUCAGAACGUUCCUGUUUUCUCCCGACUCUGUUCAUAACUUCGUCGCUUACGAUUUAGUGAAAACCAAAUUGUCGGAGUCGGAACUUGAAGCGGAAUGAUAAACCAAUCACAAUGCUCGUUGCCAUGCUUUCAGGUUUCUCAGUUCUGAGAAAUGGUAAGCUUCCACACGUAGCGUAUUUAAAUCGUUUUCGCCGGUCCACCUGAAAACACUAAAAUGACGGAAAUACGAUAGCAUCCUUGGUAGACACGGUUACGGGAAGCCGGCGUUUUCAAAAAUCUCCACUCUGGUGACCGUUCUUGAAAAGUAGCGUUUCCGGUGCCCGAAACGCAGUUUACACGUGAACGGUGAGGUAAAAAGAAGAAAAAACCUACGUUUUCAAAAAUAUCCGGUUACGUGUGGAAGGGGCCGAAGUUCUUCAGCUUCUGGUGGUGAAUCCGACUUGAACCUAGUUUUCACUAGAUCGUAAGCAACUGAGUCGUAAGCGGAUACAAAAGUUGUUUUCACUAGAUCAUGACGCUCUAUGCUUCUUCCGACUCGAUCCGAUCGACUAGAUCGCUAGAUAGUGAAACCAGCCUUCAGAAUGCGGUGGAUGAACUAUGUAAUAGACGAAGCUCAAUGUGACAUCGGCCGGUCAUAUUAGGAGCCUAUAAUACGCGGUAUUAAGGCAAUCGUUUGUAGACGCCGAAUGAUUAAUAAGCAACCUAAAAGAUGUUUAUAAAUUUCAGUGACAAACUGUGCGCUGACACCACCUUAAUUGUAAUACCUCGCGUAAGAUAGGAAUACCUUGGAAAGUUGCUAUUCACACAAUUUUUGUGACCCCGGUUUUUUUUUUUUUGAAAGAAGAGACUGCGAGACCAUGCUAGUUGUUCUUUCUCGAGGGUGUUUUUUUCUUGUUCAGCCUGUGAAUGAUCAAUCAUGUUUGGAAAGGCUGUAGAAGUGAAGACCAUGUACACGGCAAACGUCAGAUUCAACUUGAGAAUUUCUCAAAAUAGAAAAUGAGCAGAUAAAAACAGCUCAAAACAAUUCUUAAGGAUUAAAAAAUUGCAUAAAACUACUAAUUUAGGUGUAGAAUUAAUGAACAGUAAACGAAAAGUAAAGAGGAAACUUGGUCACGUGGUACAAAUUCGCGUUUGCCGUUUGACGUAAACGUGAUACUUAACUCUCUAUUACUAACCAUAACGAUAAUCUAAUAAACAGAAAGCUUUUGUUUUAUUUUCAGACCACGGGUAGGCAUUAAAACUAAAUCAGUGUUGCUACCCCCGCUUAAAACAGAACCGCAGUCACAUGCAAAUGUAACCGAAUUAGCAAUCCCCGUGACGAGCUUCUGUGGAGAAGACUUCGAAACUGAAGAACGCAUAGAGAAGUCCGACAUCAGAAAUAAAAUUCCCGCCGAUGCGCAGGCCACUACAGUGUUAGUUGGAGCUCACAAUGGUUUGUCCUGCGCUGUCAGCGCUUUUGUGAGACUCGCUUUUGGCUGUGAACUGGGGAACUUUGCUGAGGUAAACAUCCCUGUAAGAUUCAUGUUUGUACUUCUUGGACCUGAUGAUGAUAACGUUGAUUAUCAUGAGGUUGGACGCUCUAUUUCAACGCUGAUGUCUGAUAAAAUUUUCCUUGAGUCAGCAUAUCGAGCAAAGGUAAGAGGAGUAAAAAAAAUCGUUUUUCAAUGAAAUGUGUGUAGUACGCGUUAGGUGUGCACCCCUCCCCCUCCCCUUCACCCCAAAUAGUCCCCCAUUCUCCCCAGGUACGCAAAAUUGUGCCUAAGGCUAUGUUCAUACUAUACCGGAAAACUUUAGCGCCGGCAUGAAAACCACACCGGAUAUAGGGCUUCAAUUCACACAUACUAACCAGUGGCGUAUCCAGGGGAGGAGCCCAGGGAGCCCGGCUCCCCCCUCCACCCCUUUUAAGAUCAAAAUGAGGCCCGAAGUGCUAAAAAAACAUUUUCUUGAGACCGCCCCCCUUAUCUCAGGGUCUGGAUGACCGACACCUCCCCCCCCCGCCUUACCUGAAAGUUGGGAUCCCCCACUGCUUAUGGUGAUUUUGCCGCACCGAUCUCCAAAGUGGUGAGUCACAUAUCGAUCAGAUUGCUGUUCGGCAUACUAUACCAAUUGGUUUUUCUUGUCGGCACGAAAAGCUGUACCGUGGAGUGUUAACAAAGCUUAAGAUCAAACGGCGUUCAAACCCCGAUAUAAAGUCUAGGUUUGCACUGUGGAAUUUGAGGGUAACUUUAAAAUUGCUCACCUCCCAAACGGUAUCGAGCUUAUUACUCUUCUUAAAGCAUCCUCAAUGAGUAAGUAAACGGGAUUCAGGUACUUAAUCUGGAUAAUACAAAAUAAUGAAAACAAACAGUGUGUACUUUGGUACAGGGUUACAAUAAAGUCGGUUAUCACAGCACUUCCUCUUUUUAAGAUGAUUUUAAUGCACUUUAUGUAAGAGGCGCUGCACGAGGGACGGAAGCCCUUUAAAACUUAAAUUUAUGUCUUCGAGCACGUGCAGUAGAUCGUCCUCGCAUUCCUGUGAACAAAGCCUAAACCCGAGGCUUGGGGUAACAAAUAACAGUAAUUUUUAUGAUCUUGUAUGAAUUGUCAAGCCAAGCCUCGACCUCGUGCGUUUUAUUGUGUUUGUUCAUUGGAGGGGAACGCGGGACGGGUCUGUACACGUGACAGUCAGCGCGACGGUGAAACUCUUUUCCAAUCCCACCAAUCAUUGCCCACGAGCCUUGAGUGCUACUCCGUGUCUUCAGAUGAGAUCAGUAGCAUUUUACCCGUCUGUAGGGGCUUUUUUAAACACUCCAUGGAGCUUUAAACCAGCUAUUGAGAGAGUAUAGACGCUUUUUUCGUGGCAGCCAUUACUCUAAUUUUUACUUUUAAUAUUUUCAUUGUUGUAAUUUAUGUUAAGAAGUGUUAGCGUCCAUAUUUCUAACUUAUUCUUUUCUACCUUAGAGCAAACAAGAUCUGCUGGAUUCUUUGUACUGCUACAUGGGCGAUUGUCUCAUCAUCCCGCCAGGGGAUUGGGAUCGAAACCUAUUGAAUCAAACGGUGCCCAUAUUGGCCAAUCAGGCUAAAGCACUGUCAUGCAGAAGAAGGCGUGGUGGGAGUACAGACAGCCAGGGGGUGCAAGAGAACAUCUUCCGCGAGGUAAUUCAAGAAAACGAGGCCUCCAACGAUCCUCUUGCUAGAACAGGAACAUUUUGUGGUGGACUCAUACGCGAUAUAAAGAGGAGGCUACCUUUCUAUGUCAGCGAUUUUAAAGACGCUUUAGAUGUUCAUUGUUUACCGACAAUUAUCUUCGUUUACUUUGCGUGCCUUGCGCCGGCAAUCACUUUUGGUGGUUUGCUAAGCGAAAAGACUGAUCAAUGGAUGGGAGUUUCAGAAAUGAUCCUGGCCACCGCAUUGUCUUCCCGCUUCGCAAGCUUUUAG